GAAGGGGUUGCUAAAGCUACAAACAAUAACAUCUCUUCAUAUAUACCGUUUGGUUUAGGACCUCGAACUUGCGUGGGCUUGAACUUCGCCAUUACAGAAAAGAAAAUUGCUCUUUCGAUGAUUCUGCAGCGCUACAGUUCUUGAGCAAGGUAUGGUGGAAUCCAAUUUGCGUACAAUCUUCCAUGAGGUCACAAGGGAUAAAAGGCCCUUCUUACAGAUUCUUGCUUGGAAAUACCAAAGAGAUCACAAAUAUGAGAAGCAGAAUCAUGAAUGGUCCGAUGGAGUUAUCGCAUGAAAUGCUCCCCAGAAUCCAGCCUCACAUUUAUUACUGGAUCAAGCUAUAUGGGACAUAUUUUCUGAACUGGUAUGGUCCUAAAGCUCAAUUAAUCAUCACUGAGCCUGAGUUGGUCCAAGAAGUGCUGAACAAUAAGGAAGGAGCAUUUGGAAAGAAACAUAUCCAAAAUUAUGCAGACAAACUCUUAGGGAAUGGACUGUUUGCAUCCCAAGGUGAAAAAUGGUUAAAGAUGCGUAAACUGGCAAAUCAAGCUUUCCAUGGAGAGAGCUUGAAAGGGAUGGUACCAGCAAUGGUUGCAAGUGUAGAGACAAUGCUUCAGAGAUGGAGACAGAAUCAAGAAGGAAAGGAAAUUGAGGUGUACCAAGAAUUCAAAGUUUUAACUGCAGAAAUAAUUUCUAAGACAGCUUUUGGAAGCAAUUACCUUGAAGGGAAGAACACAUUUGACAUGCUUGCAAGGAUGGCUAACAUAGUUGCUAGAAACAAUUAUAGAGUUGGAAUUCCCGGGAUUAAAAAAUUCCUGAAAACUCGGGAUGAUACUGCAUCAGAGAAACUUGAACAAGGCAUGCGAGACUCCAUUAUGAAGAUCAUAAAGAAAAGAGAGGAAGAGAUGUUGAUGGGAAAAAAUGAUGCUUAUGGAAAUGAUUUUCUCGGAUUACUUCUCAAGGCUCAUCAUGAUAAUGACAAGGCUAAGAAAAUAUCAGUAAAUGACCUGAUUGAUGAGUGUAAGAGCUUUUAUGUUGCUGGACAUGAAACAACAUCAAGCUCACUCACCUGGACUGUUCUUCUUCUAGCAAUCCAUCCAAUCUGGCAAGAAAAGGCAAGGGAAGAGGUACUUGAAUUAUUUGGCAAGCAGAAUCCGAGUCCAGAUGGUAUUCGAAGAUUGAAAAUUAUGAGCAUGAUUGUCAAUGAAUCGUUACGGCUUUACACUCCUGCUUUCAGUAUCACAAGGGAAGUUCAGAAAGAAGUCAAAUUGGGGAAGCUAGUUGUUCCAGAAAAGAUGUCCGUAUGUCUUCCAGUUCUUGCAGUUCACCACAACCCGCAAGUAUGGGGAGAAGAUGUUCACUUGUUCAAACCAGAAAGAUUCAUAGAUGGGGUUGCCAAAGCAACUGAAAACAGCAUUGGAGCGUUUCUUCCAUUUGGUGGAGGGCCUCGAAGUUGCGUGGGCAUGAAUUUUGCAACUACAGAAAUGAAAAUUGUGCUCUCUAUGAUUCUGCAGCACUGCAGGUUUACUCUGUCACCUACUUAUGUCCAUUCACCGGUGGACAUUCUGACCAUACGCCCACAAUAUGGACUUCAGAUUAUGCUUGAGCAUUGUAAAUUAGAAUUUGAAGAUCAUGGUUGCGUGCGCUUUAACCACAGAUGAGAAGAGUGAAGUUCCAGAUGCUAAGUAUUAGUGGCUAUCGUUGUCUGGAGGUGUGGGGAUAUCUAAUGCUACUUUCUCACUUAGCGAUAUGUAAAAAUAUACCUCAUAGCAUAAUAAUUGCUUGCAACAAGAAUAAGACUGCAUCAAAUUACUUUUAUCUACAAUGAGCUAUCUACUGAUAUGCCAAGUCAAAAUGACUCGAGCCGGUAAAGUGUAAUGGCUCUAAAUGAAUGACUAGUCGAAUAGACCCAUGUGCAAUAA